AUGUUUAAUUUGAAAGACAUUAUUUAUGGACUUGCAAAAAUUCAUGAUGUAAAUAUUAUACAUCGAGAUUUACAUAGUGGAAAUAUUCUUUUAGCUAAAGUAAACUAUUAUUCUAAAAAUGUAGAAGCAAAAAUAUGUGAUUUAGGAACAAGUAAAUCAGCAACAGAAAAUGACGAUAAUAAUGAUAAUGAAGAAGACAACAUUUAUGGCAUAAUUCCUUAUGUUGCACCAGAGGUUUUACAAGGAAAAAAGUAUACCAAAGCAUCAGAUAUAUAUAGUUUUGGAAUGAUUAUGUGGGAGUUAAUGGUAGGAAGAAGACCUUUUUGGAAUAGAAAUCAUAAUACAGAACUUAUAAUUGAAAUAUGUGAUGGUUUACGUCCACCAAUUAUUACAAAUGCACCUGAAGGUUAUAUUGAUUUAAUGAAAGAAUGCUGGCAUUUUGAUCCAGAAAAAAGACCAACACCAGAUGAAGUAAAAAGAAAAAUUUUUAAUAUACGUUACAAUGGGAUGCCUAAAAUUAUAGAAUCAUCAGAUAUUGGACCUGUAACAACAAAUAAUCCUGAUGCCAUAUAUAAGAGUAGAUAUUUAAGUGGUAUGAUAAAAUCCGCAGCUUCUACAAGAAGUUUAAGAAGUCAAUCUAUUAGUACUUCAGAACUUGAUCAACACCAGAAGAAUUCUAACGAUAAAAGAAAGUUUGAAGAUAAUCAAUUUGAAAGUAACUUUACCAAUGGUACAAGUAAUAAAAAGAUUAAACCGAUUGAAGACGAAAAUAACGAUUACGCUACAAAAGAACUUGAACUUGAUAUCGAUAUGAAUCCUAAGCAAAUUAGUGAUGAUGAAUAUAUUACUACCGAAAUCAAUUUUGAUAUUUAA